AUGGAUUAUAAUCGGACACGAUGUUUCAUUCCUUUAUUUUAUUUCGAGGAUGGAUUAAUGUUGCACCAUCAAGGAUGGAAAGAGAGAAAAAUGAGAAACAAACAUAACAGAUGUGAUAAUGACAGAGCGGAAAACUUCCUUGAGCAUCGAUUACGAAACACAAAAAUUGAUCCUUUUUAUCUCAUCAGUAAUGAUGACCACACAGUCAUCUAUCGAUGUCGGCUUUCUGUACUUGGACAGGUAGACUGUUGGUUUUCUAAUUUAAAAUUAGCACCGGAAGCCGCAAAACAUCAGAAUCAUUUUACUCAACAAAUAAUGUGA